AUGGUGAAGCCCUCCUCCCCAACUCCUCCACACCUCCGAACCCUCAAACUUUCGUACAUCGACCAACUCUUCCGUUCCGCCUACAUCUCCUUCAUAUACUUCUACAAUAACCCUACCCACGACCAAACAAUCCCUAACGACGACGAUGAUCUCAACCGAACCUCCCGACUCCUGAGCGAAUCCCUCUCCCGCGCCCUCACCUCUUUCUACCCUCUCGCCGGCCGCCUCCUCGACUCCUCCACUGUCGACUGCAAUGACGCCGGAGCCGAGCUCUCCUUCGCUUGUGUCCUCUCCCGCCGCCUCGAUGAAGCCGUGCUCGACCCGGACGACGUCGAGCAUUACCUUCCCGUGGGGCCCACCGCCAUGCUGUCGUCGAAUCCCCUUUUCCUCGCGCGGGUUAGUUUCUUCCCGUGCGGUGGCGUAGCCAUCGGCAUCCGAUUCUCCCACAACGUCUCGGACUGCGCGUCCGUGGCCGCGUUCGUCGAGGCGUGGGCCAGCCGCCGCCCACGCCCUUUAUCGUUUGACUUCGACUUGUCGAGCUAUUUCCCGGCCCGGGAGGAGCUCCGGGAGGUGGGCGUCCUCCCGGAUACGACCACCAGCGAGAUCUACCGGACCAAGAGAUUCGAGUUUGACGAGGCAAAGAUGGCGGCUCUCAGGCGGCGGGUGGGGUCUUCGGUGGGCUCCACGCGGGUCGAGCUUGUGUCGGCUUUCGUCUUGGAGAGCUUGUUGCAAGUAUUUUCGUCGUCUAGGAAGGUGGUGUUGGCGAGCCACGCGGUGAACCUAAGGCCGAGGAAGAAGGCUCUAGAGAACAUGUUCGGGAACUGUAUCAUGACGUCGUUUGCGUACUGCUCGGCCGGGAAAGAUUCUGAGCUUCACGAGCUGGUCGGGAAAUUGAGGGAGUCGAUACGGAAGGUGGACGAGGGUUACAUCGCAGGAUCGGAAAAUGGCGGGGACGUGUACAUGGGGGACUUGUACAAGGCUUUGUCUAUCCUAGCCGAGGGAGAAACAGAGGCAUGUUUGUUCACCAGCUGGUGCGGGUUCCCGUUUUACGAAGCGGAUUUCGGGUGGGGAAGGCCAGUUCGGGUCUGCCCGACGGCCUUGGCGAUACGAAACGGUGCGAUUUUCGUGGACAUGAACAGGUUAGAUGAAGGCGAUAAUAAUAAUAGUAAGGGAAAGGGAAUUGAAGCUUGGGUCAGCAUGGCCGACGAUGGCUUGAAAAUAUUCGAAAAGAAUUUCGAGUUGAUUUCAGAUGAAGCAAAGGAUGCUGCAGAGAAUGCCUGUUGA